GGAGGAGGAUGAGGAGGAUGGACGAAGCAAUUUGCGAGAAUCGACCAUCACUACAGCCCGGCCGCCUGCCUAGCAUGGGAAUCGUUUUCUCGCCGAUAUGCCGUUUCGUUUCUUAGCUUCCUCGAGCUCGCCCCGAUACCGGAGCCGCCGACAUUGCUGCCAGCUGUAUCCGUUCCAUCAUCCUCGUCCUCCUCGUCGUCCUCGUCGUCCUCACCGUCCUCGUCCUCGUUUUGCAUUUCCUUUUCAUUGGAGUUUCCUAUUUGCUGUUUUUUUCUUCUUCCCUAAGUAUAUUGCGAAACAGCCCGUCGCCGUGCUCUGUAUUCCGUCGUCGUUAUUUCUUAAUGUCUUUUUUGUUUUGGGUUGAGUGUUUGCACGAGAUUGGCGUAACUAUAGGUGGUGGGGAAAGUAUUAGUUCUACUGGGAUCAGGGGGGUUUUGUGUUAUUAU